CGCCAACCGAAACCUUGGUAGAGUCGACAACCUUGACCGUCACUUGUCAAAUCUAAAUUGACGCAUCGACAUCAUUGUUGUGAAGCACACUACGAUAUCUGAAGUUGUGCCGUUUGUGCGCCUGGAAGAACCAGUCUCACAAGCCCGAGCAUACCCCGAUGAUCGACCGCCCAAAGUAAACAAAUAUGGCCUCCGAAACAACAUCGCGUCCAGUGUCGCCGACACCGUCACAGCUACCGCCCGUUCCGGGAUCGCCAGUCUAUUCUCUUGCGUCGACUGCAAAUCCAUUAUCUCAGUAUAAUCUGCCUUUGCCGCCACCCCCACGAUCUUCACAUGCUGUCCUUACAAAAGCCGACCUAGAGCUCUCUCAGCAAGCUUACUCCGAUCUUGUCGCCUCCGCAAAAGGCUACCGACUGGCACUCGCCGCAUUAUCAACAGCCGCAUCGACAUUUGGAUCAGCACUUGAAGCAUGCGCUAGGUUAAAGGAAGCUCGCGCCGAGCCCAUCGGUCCCUCUGGGACUAAUAUGACAGCAAGCUUUACAACCAAGGGUUCCUGCACAGCCGAUACGCUUAUGUCCGCCUCCGGAGUACACUACCUUGUUGCCAAUCACCAACAGAUCCUCUCUGAGACGGUAUACCGAUCCUUCGAAGUACCACUGCUCCAUGACCUGGACAAGUGGCAGACCGUUAUUGACGAUGAAGAGGAGACGUAUAAACAAAAGAUCAAGGCACAAAGCAAAGAAAUCAAACGACUGGAGAAAGAAGGGAUGAAGUUGCAUAAACAGAGGAGACGGGAUGUUGGUCGAUUUAGGGCACAUUUAGUCGAAUUGACGACAAAAUUGGAUGGCUUAACGACGUUGCAUGCCGAUCAUGCACGGACACUAUUGAGGGAGAGUCAAGAGACAAGUGGAAGGAUUGUCGAAGCAAGCUGCAGUCUUGUACGUGCAGAAGUGGACAUAUUUGAAGGUCUAGCGAGGAAAGGCUGGAGCGGAGGCGGUCUGGACGAUCUUCUCGAAAAGGGUCAAGAUUUGUUCGCAACGGAGGAAGAUAUUGCGAACUUGGGCAGUGGUGGUAGCGGCGACACACCCAAGCUCUUCUCCAUCCUCCCCCCUAAGAGCAUACUUGCCGACACAGGAUCAGAUCCAUCCCGGAGUCACGCUAGAGGGGACAGUCUUCUUAUGGACACGGAACGGUAUCAAUCUCUAGCAGCACUGGCAUCUGACUCUAGACCCAGUGGCGGCGUUAUGAAUGACAGUGACAGCGUCUUCUCAACCGACUUCAACAAACCCCGAAACGCAAGGCCGUUCUCACCACAGCCUAUUCGUCGCAUUCCAACAGAUGUGACAUAUGAUUCUCUAGGGGGUAGAGCAGAAGGGCUUGAAAACGGAGAAGACGAAUUGAACAGGUCGGAGCUCCUGAUGCCUGUAGUGGAAGCUGAUGAUGCAGGAGCAGAAGAGCAGCAGAAUGGGGACGGUGAGCAUGAAAAAGAAAAUGUUCAAGAGGAGGAAACGAGAGGCCGGUCAGGAUCACCAAGUUCGGUGAGAAAAAGGGCAAAUUCACAGCCACUCAUCACUGACGCUAGUUCAGCAGCUGCAUGGAGCGGUGAUGAAGAGAGGAGUCCAAGCUGAAACUGAUCAAGUGGUGAAAAUGACUUAUACUCGUGUUCGGGUUUCAUCUACAAGGGCGUUUAUACGGACAUUUGGGAAAUAUUCUCUUCACGGAGAGGCGGAAAUAGAUUUGCAAGAGAACUUUGCUCUUGUUUGAUAGUGUACAGAACAUUAUGUGGAUUUUCCACCCUCCAUCUAUUAAGCAUGUCGAUUA